AUGAAUUUUGAAAACAGAUGGGUCAUGAGAUCCGCUCUGAACUUCGCAAGUGAUGGAGAAGUAGUCAGAGAAGUAGGUAGAGAGUUCCAGAGAAAAGGACCAGAAAAAGCAAAAGCAGAUUUGGCAAAAGAGUGUUUAACACGAGUUAAGAAAAAGCGAGAACAAGAAGACGAUCGUAAAUCGAGGCGUUUAGCAGACAAGUUGAGGACCAUGAUUGACAUAAUAAAUAACGACUUAAAUGAUCUUUACAAACGAAAAUUUUCUGGCAUGUUGUCUAUUGAGCAGUCUGAACAGUUAAAGGAGUGUGAAAACAAGAAGAAAAAUCUGGAAAAGACGUUACACGUGAAAGUUCAAGAACAGACUCGCAAACAAAACGUCGGGGGGGGUAAAGUUUUGUGA